CAGCAACACCAGCAACACCAGCAGCAACACCAGCAGCAACACCAGCAACAGCAACAGCUCUUCCAAUCCCCCUGAAUCCUCAGCCAGCCAUGUCCAACUCGUACACCCAGCUCAUUGUCAAGGCCAUCCGCAAAGCCUCCGACAUCUAUCCCAGAACCUCCCUCCAUCACUAUCUCCGCAUCCGCGCCAUCUUCAAGGACCUGCGCACCGAAGCCUCCCUCUCUCUCUCCGCUGGCUGGUCGCGCAUCUUCCACAGCCGCAUCCUCGCUCUUGUCUCCGAUGGCACCCUGCGCCGCGAUGGCAUGUUCUUUGGUCUUUCGCCGGCCACGCUCAACAAGCUGAAGAAGCAGGCAAAGGCAUCAGUCGCUCCCUCUUCCCCUGCCAAGGCCGCCACUCCCACCACCAAGGCGAAGGUCGUCAAGAAGACCACGAAGGCUGCCGCCAAAGUCGCCAAGAAGGCCGCCGCCGCCAAAGUCGCCAAGAAGACCACCCGCGCUUCCUCUGGCUAUGGCCGAGCCAAAUCCGCUGCCGGCGGUCGACGUGCUGCUCCGGCCUUUGGCAGGGCGACUCCAGCCACCCUUGCAACCAGCCGAACCGAUAGCUUCCUCGACAUGGACAUGGACACCAGCGUUGAGAAGCUGCUUGACCGGGACUUUUCUGGCAGCGACAAGCCCGACAUUGCUUUCAGCUUCGACACCACUGGUAGCAUGUACGGCUGCAUUGCCAAGGUCCGCGAGACCAUCAAGGACACCGCCAACCGCCUGAUCGCCGCCGUCCCCAACAUCCGCAUCGCCGUCAUUGCCCACGGCGACUACUGCGACGAGCGCAGCUCCUAUGUCACCAGCAUCCUGGACUUUACCGACGACCGCGAUGCCAUCGUCAAGUUUGUCGAGGAUGUCAAGCCCACCGGCGGCGGCGACUUUGAAGAGUGCUACGAGCUCGUUCUGCGCGAAGCCCGCACCAAGCUCAGCUGGCGUGCCCCCGGCGAGUCGGCCCGCUCGCUGGUCAUGAUCGGCGACGCCAUUCCACAUCCCCUGGGCCGCGGCAACCCGCACAACAUUGACUGGAAGGUCGAGGCCAAGGAGUGCGCAAAGGAAGGCAUCCGCUGCUACGCCGUCCAGUGCCAGAACAACGCCGCCUCCACAAAGUUCUUCAAGGGGCUUGCUUUCCUCACCAAGGGCGUGCGGCUGUCGCUGACCCAGUUCGAGAGCAUGCCGGACACCCUGAUUGCGAUCUGCAUGCGCGAGGGCCCGAUGCCCCUUGCCCAGCUCGAAAAGUUCCGCGACGAGCUCAUUGGCAGCGGACGGAUCACCCAGAGUCUGCACAACAUGUUUGCUGUGCUGACAGCCGUCUAAGGCUCUGUCGAUCCACUCUGACCCCGGCGGUUUUGGACCAUCGAAGCCGUCCCUCCUCUCUUGCACCUUCUCUUGACAUUGUCUCUCCUUCAACUCUCACCUUUCCAUCCCUUGGCACUUGUCAAAAACAUGUCUAUAUCUGUAUCAUUAUCGAAAUACAAGUCGUUUUACAAAU